UUAGUAAUUUACUGGUCUGAAUGUGCAAACCUAUAAAAGAUUAAUGAAUUUGCCCCAGAACGAAUAUCAGAAUCAGAAUGAGCUUUAUUGCCAAGUAUGCCUACACAUACAAGGAAUUUGUCUUGGUGACAGGAGCUUCCAGUGUACAACCAUUCAAAAACAAUACAAAAACAGCAGCAAGACAUAGAUAAAAAUAAAAAAUAAUUAUACACAUACGUACAGACACACAUACAUACAUACACACAUACAUAUGGGUAGUGCACACAUUAGUACAUACACACAUACACAUGGGUAGUUAAUAUUGAUUAACCUGUAGACGUUUCACAUAAAAUCCUCCACAUUUUCCCCUAUAACUUUAAAAGAGCAAUACAAGAAUUUGCUAAAGUCACAUAGCAAAGUAUGAACAGUACAGUAAUAUAAGGAUAAUAGUAAUAUUUUUAAACCCCUUUAAAAUAUUUUUUAAAGCCUUUGUUUUUGAAUGGGAAAUCAAGUCACCAUGUUCACAUAAAUUUUUAUUUCUAUGCACAUUAAAGUGUGAGCUGAACACGCGAGUAUGUACCAGUUAUGGUUUCCUAUGACUCUCUGGAGUGGUACUUCCUUCCCUAGCACACUUCAGAGAGUAAUUUUGUGUGUAUGGCGGCUGCCCAGCAACCUGCUGGCUGAGGACCAACUUCCCUGUGUCUGCUCUUGCUACUUUAUGGAUUCCCAUGUGGGGGUGUGUCUGAGAACAAGGGAUUGAAUGAAAUGUUGAUUGAAUGAAGGGCUCUACUAAGCAGUUUCCUCCCUUUACCAGCAGUGUAUACAUGAGGCUUAUUGGCAUACUGAGGGUCAUGAAAGGGUAUGAAUCCACAUGGGUUUGUUUACACAGAAAACUGUGCCAUACUUUGUACUCUGCUUCAUUAAAAACUGUUGACAAACAAGUAUUUAGAUGAAAGCCAUGUUUUCUUGGCUUUCAUCUUUAGCCUACAAAUCUCAGCACAAUCAAUGUGUUCCACAUCUCAUUCAAUUUUAGAAAAAGAUCUAUGUAUUUGAAAUGACAGCCUUUCAUGCCACUUAUUGGAAGAAGGCAGCAAAUCUACAUAUAAUCCCUUAACUCAUGCCAGUUUUUGAAUUUAAUGGAUUAGUUGUAGAUUUCAGUAAUUAUUUUCUUUACCCAAGUUCAUACUAGGGUUGUAGAAGAUCAAACAUCAUGUUAAAUACAUGGAUAAUCCAUGUUUACUUAUAUUACAGUUCAAGAUCGAUUUACCAGUGUAAUGAAAAUGAGAGGCAUAUAGUGAUAGAAUCACAUAAAAUUGAAUGCAGUUAUAGAAAUUCACUAUUCACAGUGAGCCAUGAUUAAUUUAAUCCAUGAGUGGAAGUGUCCAAUAACAGGGCAGUUGCUAAAUAGUAUUCGGCUGGCCAUGUGAUCCUAACAUGGCAGCUCCGAUGAGGGGACCCUCUCCGUGUAGAAUAAAACAACUUUUUUCUGAUAUGACUGGGGUCCUCAUCUCAUGUGAGUGCUCAUAAUUUUAUACAUAUGUUUAAACAUUACUAUUCAUUUCUUUAGGAGUAAAACAUUUUUAAUGAGGAAAAAUUCCUGAGUUUACCAAAUAUAUUCAAUUGACAAUUUUUAUAAGAAAUAUACUAUAUUUUUUCAUGAUUUUGGCCUAUAUGAAGAGCUUGCAUAGUUUAACAAACUCCUCAUUAAAAAUCUCUAUACAUUAAAUGCCUUUUAUUUCUUUUCAGUAUGUCUCUCUGCGUGUCUAUACUGUGUAUACAGUAUAUACAUUAUAUAUAUAGUCCCCAUUAUUUCUUUCUACAAUGGAAUAUGUAUACAUUUCAGAAAGAAGCUACACAUUUCUCAGUUUCAGUCUCACAAGUAUGCAGUUAAAAAAGUGACAAGGGGGGAUCUCCCUAAUUCACAAGACUUGUGUGACUAGAGUUAGCCGGCAAUGCUAGAGGCUCUGCAUUGCAUUAGGCUUGUGUGCUGUGCUGUUCUGCCCAUCCCCCAUACUGAGAUACCAAAGCAGAGUUGUGUUGCUUUUGCAACCAGCAAAGCUUCAGCUGGAGAGAGAGGCAGGCUGAGAGAGACAGGACAGGGGGGUGGGGAGAGCAGAGAACGAGUGACGGUGUGUUAUUCUCCAAAAAAAAAAAAAUAUAUAUAUAUAUAUAUAUAUAUAUAUAUAUAUAUAUAUAUCCCCCCCCCCCCCCAGAGAUCCUCUCUCCGUCUCUUUUUAGAUUCCAAACUGAACCACAGUAUAAAUAGAUGGGCUUAUUUUGUGAUGAUAAUGUAUUCUGCCUUUAAACCACUCUGUGUGGUUUAUCUGAUUUUCUUCUUCCUUGCGCUCUCCCUCCCUCUCUUUUUUCAUUUUCACUUCCUGCUUGCAGACUAGCUCAACCCACCACCAACCCUCCCUUCUCUUACUUUCCUAACGCAUUUUAAUCAACACACAACCCCCUAAAACACCAGUUUCCCCUGCACGUCUGCAAACAGUGAAAUUACUUUGAGCCUGGUGGGCUAUUCUGUUAGAUUUAUGUUUAAUAUAUGUCUAUUCAUUGUUUUUCUUUUAGUCUGUUUUUGUGUAGGGUUGAAAGUAAAUUAGGUGUCCGAGGGUUAUUUCAUAGGCCGUACUAAAACCAGUACAGCCAGCUGCAAGACAAGCCAAGCCCAGCUAGUUUUAUGGGAAGAAACCUCAUUAGUGUGGUUGAAUCACAUGCAAUCAAAUACAUGCAACUGGCUUUACCAUUUCAUUAAUUUCCCUAUAACUAGUGUUCUAAACUAAAUUUCUUCAAGGAGCAGUUUCAACCUUGCCGUUAUGCAACGUCAAUUUAACACCCCAAGCACCCCCCAACCAGCCCCCCCGUCCCUGAAUCCAUUCCUCACUAUGGAGAGAAUCCGAGCCAUGUUUUACUGCUCUCAAUGCACCUCGGUAAAAUGGCUGUAUCUAGAUGAGCCUCGUGCUGGUGUGAUCCGUUCCUCGGCUGUAGUGUACUUCUGCAACAGACACCCCCCCCCCCCCCCCUUCACAAAUUCCGUGUCGGUUAAAAUUCAUUCCCCGGGAACUCAAUUUACGGCGCUUGAUAAUUUAAAACACGGAGCCGACGGUGCAGUCCGGCUUCGGUCCGGCUUAAGGGGUGGGGAUGAGUCGGGCACGAGUAAAUUGUUGUAAAACUGUUGUAUUUACAUUCAAUGUUUAGCGUUUGAUUGUGACCGACUCGCCGAGAGGGAGAGGGGGGUAUCAUGGCCGCUCAGGUCGCCAGCGCUACCUCUCUCAACACCAGCCCGCCUUCCGAGCUGAAAAAACCGGAUCGAGACCCAAAGGAGGAGUCGGUACCGGGGGAGAAGCAGCAGGAAAAUAAGGAGCCGGGAUUAGAGAGCGGAUCUCCGGGUCGCGGGAAACUGCAGGACCGGGCCGAUGUUGGAAAUGCUGGGGGAGGAGGGGAGUCUGAGAUGAAGAACGGGAACGGGAAUCCGUCAAGGGUGAACAAUAAUCAAAAUGAUACCGCCGGACCUGAAGGGAAUAAUCACCCCGGUAUGGUACACCACCACGCGCCCGGGUUUUCGCCACCUUCCCACGGCUUCAGUCCGCACUACGGCCGGGCCCCUUUUCAUCAACAUGGCGGACAACAAAGCCCUGGCAUGGCAGCUGCAGCGGGGCCAGGCGCUCUGUCGAGCAGUAUGUUGGACCCCUAUCAGCCCAACUCUCACGAGCACGGCUUCCCGAACCACCAGUUCAACAACUACAGUCCGUUUGGGAACCGAAGCCCAUAUCCGGGCCAGGGAUACGGCAUGAACUCUCCGCGUAGCGCUCCUCAAGCUCAGGCGGUAGGGGGGCAGUCAGCCAAGCAGCAGCCGCCAGCAGCGGGAGGAUCUAUGGCAACAUCUUACAAUAAUCAGAGGUAUAACAUGGGAAAUCCGCAGCCAACAUCUACCCCAACUCUCAACCAGCUCCUGACCUCCCCGAGCGGUGCCAGGGGCUACCCAAAUUAUCCAGCGAGCGACUACAACAGCCAGGAUGGUGCUAAGGGAACAGCAGAUCUGGGCAGCGGUGGGCAGUACGGUGGGGGCCAUCCGGGUUGGCAACAAAGGACACACCACCCGCAGCCCAUGAGUCCGGGAAGUACCGUGCAGCCCCUGGGUAGAAACCAGACUCCAGGCUCCAUGGAUCAGAUGGGGAAAAUGCGGGGUCAACCAUAUGGGUCAGGUGGCCCUUACCCUCAACAACCGCAUCAAGGGCCUCCGCCAGUGGCCCAGCAGGGUCCUGCUUACCCAGGCCAGGCCUAUGGGCCACCUGGCCCACAGAGAUACCCUAUGAGCAUGCAAGGACGUAUGCAGUACAGCCAGCAGAUGCCAUCAUAUGGACAGCAGGGAACAGGGGGCUUUGUGCAGCAGGGGCAGCAGUCGUAUUACAGCCAACAUGGUCAGGGGCCUCACUCGGGCCAACAGCAGUCGCCAUAUCCCCAGCCUCCCCCUGGACAACCAGGAGGUCAGGGACCUUAUUCACAGCAACCUCAUGCCCCCCAGCCUUCUGGCCCACACGGACAAGCUUGUCCUCCUUACCAACAGUCCCACAUGCCCCAGCAGCCUCAGGGGCAGAUGCCCGGCCCCUCGCCUGGUCCAUCCCAGUCCCCAUACUCGCAGUCCUCAGCAGCAACCCUCCAGUCUAGUCAGUCUCCCUAUCCCCAGCAACAGGUGCCCCAGUCCCAGACCCCACAGCAGGGCAGCUCCCAGGCUCCUCCUGCAUCUCAGACCCAGCCCAGCUACCCACCUGUUCAAGGCCCCCAGCAGCCGCCAUCACAGCAGCCGCAACAGAUGACCACUUCUGCUACUCAGCAGCCCGCGGGACAUGGACAGAUGCCGCAGGGCCAGCCCACAUCAUACUCCCAGAAUCCACCGCAACAGCAGCAGCAACAGUCGCCAUUUCAGCGGUUUGCCCCACCUCCUCAGGAGAUUUCCCAGGAGUCUUUUAGUUCUCAGUCCAGCGCUCCCCCUUCCAGUCAGCCUUUGGCAUCUAAGAGCAGCACUGAGGACAUGCAGGGCAGACCCUCCAGUCUACCAGACCUAUCCGGUUCUAUCGAUGACCUGCCCACCGGUACGGAGGGCGCUCUGAGCCCUGGAGUCAGCACAUCUGGAGUAUCCAGCAGUCAAGGAGAACAGAGCAAUCCAGCACAGUCACCCUUCUCCCCCCACACCUCUCCUCCCGUAGGCUCACCUGCCAGCGCCACGGCAUCUCGCUCUGGCCCACUGUCCCCUGCCACAAUGCCAGGGAACCAGAUGCCACCCCGCCCUUCAAGUGGACAGUCUGACGGGAUCAUGCACCCUUCAAUGAACCAGCCUGGCAUGGGCCAAGACAGAGGGUAUAUACAGAGAAACCCUCAGAUGGGACCCUAUGGGUCUCCUCAGUCUGGGUCUGCUUUGUCACCUCGUCAAUCGUCUGGAGGCCAGGUGCAUUCUGGGAUGGUUCCAUAUCAGCAGAACAACUCUAUUGCUAGCUAUGGGCCUCAGGGUGGUCAGUAUGGCCCACAAGGUUAUCCCAGGCAACCUGGUUACAGUGGCAUGCCUAAUGCCAGUUACCCAGGCCCUGGCAUGGGUGGAUCCAUGAAUCCCAUGCCUGGACAAGGAGGAGGGCCUCCAUUUGCUGGCAUGACAUCUGGAAGGAUGCCUCAUGGCCAGAUGGGUGCACGUCCCUAUGGCCCCAACAUCGGUCCCAACAUGAGUCCCAGUAUUGGCCCUAAUAUGGGCAGCAUGCCUCCACAAGUGGGCACAGGGAUGUGCCCACCUCCAGGCCUCAACAGAAAGCUGCAGGAUGGUGCAGCAAUGCAGCAUGGAACUGCCAAUUCCAUACACAACAGACUAUCAGGUUACCCCAAUAUGUCUCCUGGUCCUGGCAUGAUGGGCUCAGGUCCUCCGUAUGGCCCCUCCAUGAACAACAUGCCAGGGAUGAUGAACACUCAGGGCACUCCCUACCCCAUGGGUGGUAACAUGGCCAACAACUCUAGUGGCAUGUCCCCUGGUCCAGAUUUUGGUAUGGAUGGAAAACUUAACCAGGCACAGAAAAUGAAUAACAAAGUUGAGGGGACGCCUAAGACAGAAUCAAAAUCAAAGAAGUCAAGUUCCUCCACAACAACCAAUGAGAAGAUCACACGAUUAUAUGAGCUAGGCCCAGAGCCAGAAAGGAAGAUGUGGGUAGAUCGUUACCUGGCUUUCAUAGAGGAAAAAGCCAUGGGCAUGAGUAACCUACCGGCUGUGGGACGUAAGCCCCUCGAUCUCUUCCGCCUCUACAUGUCCGUUAAAGAGAUUGGAGGUCUUACACAGGUUAAUAAGAACAAAAAAUGGAGAGAGUUGGCCACAAAUCUGAAUGUGGGUACCUCCAGCAGCGCGGCCAGCUCUCUGAAAAAACAGUAUAUCCAGUGUCUAUAUGCGUUUGAAUGUAAGAUUGAGCGUGGAGAAGACCCACCACCAGAAAUUGUAUCUGGAGACAGCAAAAAGAACCAGGCCAAAAUUCAACCUCCAUCCCCAGCUGGUUCUGGCUCUCUUCAGGGGCCCCAGACUCCACAGUCCACCACCAGCUCCAUGACGGAAAGUGGAGACUUGAAGCCACCUACUCCUGCCUCCACCCCACACAGCCAGAUGCCCCCAAUGCCAAGUGGCAGGAGCAGUGUGAACCUGCAGGAUCCAUUUGCUGAUAGUGACCCAGCCAUCUCUCGGAGAAACACUAUGACCCCCAACUCUGGCUACCAGUCAGGCGUGAGCACUCCGGAGAUGCCUGGGCGCUUGGGCCCCUACGAACCCAACAAGGACCACUUUAGUGGUAUGCGUAAAGUUGGAGAACAGUUCAUGCCUGGUGGGCAGGGUCCCAACAGCAGUCUUGGUGAUCAGUACAACAGGGGACCACCAGGUCCUAUGGGGAACAUGCCUAUGGGCCAAAGGCACCAGUAUCCAUAUGGCCCCGGCUAUGACAGAAGACCAGAGACAGGGAUAGGCCCAGAAGGCAGCAUGGGGCCUGGACUGCCACAAUCAAAUAUGAUGCCUUCCAAUGCUGAAUCUGGAAUGUACUCACCAAAUCGUUAUCCUCCACAGCAACAGAGGCAUGAUUCCUAUAGUAAUCAGUAUCCUGGGCAGGGUGCGCCUCCUGGUGGCUCCUAUCCAAAUCAGCAGCCUGGAAUGUACUCGCAACAACAGUCGAAUUAUAAAAGGCCAGGUGAUGGAGGCUACCCACCAGCUAAAAGACACCAUGAUGGUGAGAUGUUCAGUGGGCCUUACAAUGCGCAGCAGCCACCACCACAGGCUCCCCCUAGUGGUCCCUCAACUGGUCAGCAGGAGAUGUAUAACCAGUAUACCAGUUCUUACCCUGGUUCUGAGCGCCGUCCACCUGGUCCUCAGAAUCAGUUCCCCUUCCCCUUUGGUAGAGACCGAAUGCAAGGUGGGACAGGCCCUAACUCCCAGGGUUCUGUGCCGCCUCAAAUGAUGGGCAGUCCAAUGCAGUCUGGUCCUGAUGGCCCUCAAGGUGGCAUGUGGCAAGCCCGAGGCGAUAUGGGCUACCCCAAUUUUCCCAACCGUCAGGGACCUACUGCUGGUCCUGGCCAGGGCCCUGGCUACCAUCCAAUGAACCGAUCUGAGGAGAUGAUCUCAUCUGAACCACGCAUGAAUCAUGAUGGGCAGUGGCCUGGGCCAAGACAACCCCCGUAUGGCCCUGCUAGUGCUGGCCCACCAAUGAACAGACCCUUGCAGUCCAACUAUCAAUCUCCCCAAACCAUGCAAAACCACAUUCCACAAGUGUCAAGCCCCACGCCCAUACCCCGCCCCAUGGAAAGCAGGACUUCCCCCAGCAAAUCUCCCUACAUGCCCAUCAAUAUUAAAAUGCAGAAGGCGGGACCUCCAGUUCCUGUGUCUCACAUUGUACCUACCCCAGUGCAGCCUCCAAUGAUGAGAAGAGACCUGCCCUUCCCUUCAGGCUCAAUAGAGGCCACACAGCCAGUACUCAAAUCACGCAGGCGUCUUACCAUGAAAGAGAUUGGCACUCCUGAAGCAUGGAAAGUCAUGAUGUCCCUAAAAUCAGGGCUCUUGGCUGAGAGCACAUGGGCUUUAGACACCAUUAACAUUCUGUUAUAUGAUGACAGCAGUAUUUCAAAUUUCAACCUUAUUCAGCUCCCUGGUUUCUUGGAACUAAUUGUAGAGUAUUUCCGCCGUUGCCUCAUUGAGAUCUUUGGCAUUCUCAAAGAAUAUGAAGUUGGUGAUCCAGGACAAAGAGCUCUGUUGGAUCCUAGUGUUCUCAAAGAUGAAAAUACUGUGGAUGAUGAGGCACUGGUUGAGGGCAUGGAGGAAGAUGGAGAAACAGAGGACGAAGAUGAAGCGGAAGAAAUGCAGAGGUCAAAACAUCAAGAACAUCACACAGCACAAAGACCAUUCCAUAUAAAACAGGAAGAAAAGCAAAGGACAGGUGAAGACUCUGGGAAGAAAGAAGAUUGCCAAGCAAUGGAGGAAGAGUCAUCUGCAGAAUCCAAGAUUUUAGAGCCACCAUGUCUUGAGCUGGCUGUGACUGAGGAGAAGCCCAAACAAGCUAGCAAGUUCGAUAAACUUCCCGUGAAGGUUGUGCGAAAGAAGGAUCAAUUUGUGGUGGACUGCUCGAAUAAGCUUGGACGGUUGCAGGAAUUUGACAGUGGCCUUCUGCACUGGAGUAUCGGUGGAGGUGAUACAACCGAACACAUCCAGACCCACUUUGAAAGCAAGAUGGACCUGUUGCAACUACGGAAAGGGCUUUUUCUUGCCCAGGCCUCGGACAGGAAGAAAGGAUCUCUAAAGGAAAGCCAGGCACCUUUGCCACCCUCAUCAAGUGAAGAGCACAGAAAAGAAGUGGAAAGGGAACCUUCUCAGCAGUCAUCCACUGAGGAAGUGACCAAUGAAAUUCUGGAUAUAAAAGAGGAAAAUCCUGCUGACUGCUCAGAAACUGCCUCUGAAAGGAAAUCACACAAGGAAAAAGAUCAAGAGAAUCAAGGAACAGAUGCAGCAACCCUAGAAAACAUCAGGCCUGCACAUCCAAGCUCAUCAUCACAGAGUCAGUGCUUCAUUGCCAUUCUAGAAGAUGAGCCACACAGCAAGGAUGAAGCUCCUCUUCUCACACUCUCUGACUGGCAAGAUUCCCUCACUCGUCGCUGCAUCUGUGUCUCAAACAUUGUACGCAGCCUCUCUUUCAUUCCGGGCAAUGACUUGGAGAUGUCCAAGCACCCGGGGCUGUUGCUACUGCUAGGUCGACUUUUGCUUCUCCACCAUCAGCAUCCAGAGCGCAAGCAGGCACCUUUAACAUAUGAAAAAGAAGAGGAGGUGGAUGAGAGUGUUGGUAACAAGAAAGAUGAGUGGUGGUGGGACUGUCUGGAGCUGCUGCGGGAAAAUUGCUUGGUCACUCUUGCCAACAUCUCAGGCCAGCUUGAUUUCUCGGUUUACACUGAGAGCAUCUGCUUGCCACUGCUGUAUGGCUUGCUCCACUGGGCUGUUUGUCCUUCAGCUGAAGCCCAAGAUCCCUUCCCUAGUCUUGGGCUAAACGGUGCAUUGUCACCCCAGAGACUAGUGCUGGAGACCCUCUGUAAACUCAGCAUUCAGGACAAUAAUGUGGACCUUAUUUUGGCAACACCACCUUUUAAUAGAUUAGAGAAGUUGUUUGGGAACCUUGUACAUCUAGUUGGAGAGCGAAAGGUUCCUGUCUGCCGGGAGAUGGCAGUCGUGCUGCUGGCCAAUCUUGCACAGGGUGACAGCCUGGCAGCCCGUGCCAUUGCGGUACAGAAGGGCAGUGUAGGGAAUCUGUUGGGCUUCUUGGAGGACAGCUUGGCAGCAACACAGUUCCAGCAAAGCCAAGGUUCCCUACUGCACAUGCAGGGGACACACUUUGAGCCAACAAGUGUGGACAUGAUGCGGCGGGCAGCUCGGGCUCUGCUGGCCCUCGCUAAGGUGGAGGAGAACCACUCUGAGUUUACGCUCUAUGAAUCACGGCUACUGGACCUUUCUGUCUCUCCCCUCAUGAACUCGUUGGUUUCCCAUGUCAUCUGUGAUGUACUCUUUUUGAUAGGCCAGUCAUGACAGCUGUGCGGAGCUGUGGCUCCACCAUCUCUGGUUUUCGUACCUCCACCUUGCCUGUCGUCCCCCUUGGUGAGUGGAGAAUGAAAGCAGAGAAAAUUGACUGUUCCCUUUUUUUUUAUUUAUUUAUGCAAGCCCUUUCAUAUUACACCUACUGGUCCCCCUAUUCUUCGCGUCUCACUUUGGGAAGGGUGUCACAAAUUUUCUGUGGAUCAUGAACCAGAACCUCAACACACUUGACACAAACUCUAACACUGAUGCCAUCAAGAUGACAUGGACAGGGACCCCAACUUUUGUGUCCUGAGGGGAAAGUACUUUUUAUAAUAAAAUAAAUAAAUGAAUAAAAUAAAUAGCUUGAAAAAAACAAACUAUUUACCAAAGUUACUGUCUUGUUUACAGUGAGUUUUGGAGUUAAAUGUUCCUUUGUCAUCCCCAAAAGGGUCCAAAUAAUACAACUCUUGUGCACAUUUGGAUUCUAAAUGGACAGGUGAACUCUUGAUAGUUUGGUGAUUGUAUUUUGAUGCUACACAGUCAACCUUAUUGGAUGCGUGUACAGCAGAAAUUAGUUUUCUGUACAUUGAGCCUCGUAACUGUAAACAUACUGCAAAGAUAUGGCACUGUUUCACAUGGGAAAAUGUUGGCUCAGUUUUUAAACUGUUUUUAAACAUUUGUUUGCUAGUGAAGAGAAUUCUCCCCAAAGUAUCAAGAACGUACAACACCCUGACCUCUUCUCUUAAACCCUUGAUUGUAUGAAUUGACCCUAAUAAAGAAAUCAUCUCCUAGGACUGGUUUUCAACAUUAGAUGCAGCCCAGGCUGUAUUGUAUAUAAGAUGUUGUACAUUACACCUCCCUUUCUCUCCCUCUGUCUUUCACACACACUAUUAUUGCUUAUCCUUUUUUAUCUAUGAAGAAUGAAAGCGGACACUCAAGCUGGGUUAAUUGCAUCAAAAUUCCUAGGUAUAUAAACUGAACCACCUUUUGGCCUCCACGAUUCCUCCAUAGUGCAGCAAACAACUGAAAUAUUUUAAUUUCAUCUGCUGGUACAACAAGAUAACUCUAGAUGAAGAAACACAGUUGAGAUAUUUUUUUCUCCAGUGAUAAGAAUUCUGCAUAUUUGUAAUUCAGACUAUGUAGCUUAAUGUAAAUUCCUUGUUUUUCCCCCUUUUGGCUCAAUGAAUAUCAUUUAUUCACUAUGAAAUCUUUAUACUAUAUGUUCCACGUGGUAAGAAUAAAUGUACAUUAAAUCUUG